AUGAAAGGGAUAUCCGAAGAUUUUAAAAUUGAAGAAAGAAGUGGAGGACAUAGCAUCUUUCAACAACCGAAGAGACAUUUCGAUGGUUUUAUUUACUUCUGCCCUCCAUUAACAACGCUUAAAGCCUGGAACUCUGAGAACAUGGAUGAGUCCCUGCUGCAGAAGAUUUCUUCAUUGUCACGAUUUUGCAUUGGAGAAGGCCCGCGGUAUCAUUUUAAAAAGUCUUCGGAGAAAGAAUUAUGA